GAGGGCGAGGGGCAGGCUCCAUGCGCCCGCGCCGCGGCCUGCGACACCAGCUCUCGAACGCAUGCGCCACUCCUCCACCACUCGUCGGCCGGCUCGCAACAUGACGACGCAACUCCUGCACAUGUUCCUACUGCUGAUAGCAGUGACUGCUGAACCGGCCCCUGGUCGAGUUCCGAAGGUCUACAACGCCCUCAUUACGUCCAACCAGAACUUGGAGCCCAGCAAAGCCUACCCCGUGUAUCAGCCUGUGCUUCAUGAAUCAUAUUACCCUUUCCAACCGGCGAUAUUUUAUGGGGAUUUCCCUCUUGGCAAUGGAAUUCACCGAGAAACCGCGCAUCCAAAAGACCCUAUGCCACAAAUACCAAGAGAUCCUGUUCCCCAGGAACCAGCCUCAUCAGAGCUGCCUCCCCCGCCGCCGUCUCCAGAGCCUUCAGAACAACCGCAGAACGAAGCAUCCACAUUGCCUCCGCCACCACCCACCACCCAAUCACCUAUUCCUUUAAAUGAAUUUGGUUUACCCCCACAAGUUUUACCCCUGGGACGAAUAGACCCCGCUUAUCAAGGGUUCUCUCAAGUUGGGCCAUUCACAUACACAUACCCGAGCUUCAGAUUCUAUGAUCCAUUUGACCCGUUCAGUUAUAGCCCGUAUGCUCCUUUACCAUUGUAUCGGCCACUUGGUAAUGUUUUAGGACAGUCAGCACCUGUGUUCAUAGGAAAGGAAGCCAUUCCUACCGCUGCUCCGGCGCAGAGGAACCCUGAACCGACAGCUAGCACUCCUCCACCGGAACCGAGCGAUCUGAAUAUUUUGAACUUCGAGUCUAAGGAUCCUGCCAUUCCCAACGUACCACCUCCUCCGUUACCACAAGGAGGUCUAAAGUCUGAUAAAUCUGCUUAGUAAUAAAUACUUGUGUGUCACAUUGAUAUCUUAAAUCAAAGAAGGUCAGAGUUGUAAUUAAUUUAAGACAGAUCUGAGGCAAGAAAAAGUUCCUGGAGAUUAUUUAAUUUAUUAUACCAAUACUUUUACCUUUUGUAUUUUUUAUAAUUCGUCGUAUCGAUGUAUAAUUUAACAUUUGGA